AUGCACCGUUCGAAUCUCCCCGACGGCAAUCAGAGGGCAUCAACAUUUUCUCCUCCAAAUCUCGGCCUCGAAAAAUCUUCGUCGCCGAAGAAAAUAUCGGGCCGUAAAGAACAGCAAAAUUCGAGCAGGGAUUGUAUUGUGAAGAUUUCUUUUCCGUUGCCACGCGGCGAAGAGCUUCAGAGUGUCUUCAAUAAAUUUGACGCCAAUGGUGACGGCAAAAUAUCUCCGUUGGAGCUUGCCCACGUCAUGCGCUUGCGGGGCACAGAUGUGCUUAUUCUGGCUUCAAAACGACAGUACAAAUUGACUAACAUGUCGCAUGUUUUACAUUAUCGAUUGCGAUUGACUAACACGUUGCUAUCACGCUGUACCAAAAGUCUGUUUUGA